GAUUCGAGUUUGCUUCUUGGUUCUGCAGCAGAAAGCUGGGAAGUGAUGCUGUGGAACCAAGAAGCCUUCCGCAAGGGAAAUGCAACUGCCUUCCAAAGUCAGGAGAGGUGUUUUCAUCUCCUCCCUCCUCGCCCCUGGGUGCAGCAGAAUUCGCCUUGAGAAGAUACACACAGGGAGAAACCACAUCCUGAAGGGUGUGCGCAAAAAGAGAAAAGGCACAUCCCUAAACAAUUUAUUUUGACUGCUGGUUUUUGUUGUCGGAUUUGGUUUGGUGGUUUUGUUUUGGAGCAUUUUUUAGUGUUUUUUUUUUUCUUUCUGUCUUUUUCUUCUCUUUCUUUGUUGGAAAUGGCAGUGACUCUUUAACCUUGCAGUUCAUAAGGCUCCUGGGGAUUAGCCGAUAGCCUCCAAACAGGGAGCUCGGCGUUUAUUGUAAGGAGCUGGCAUGGCUGCCGUGCUCUUUGGCUUUGAGGAUCUGCUCUACAGCUGGGACAGCCUAGUGUGGAGCCUGACGUCCCGGGCUCUGAGGACUUGCCGCUUCGGGAAUCUGAGGGUCCUGCAGCUCAUGCUGAAGCCAUGGUGCAUUUCCAGAGCCGUUUAUCAGAUGACGGAGGGUCGCAGAUGCCAAGUGCACCUCCUUGAUGACAGGAAGCUGGAGCUCCUUGUCCAGCCAAAGCUUUUGGCAAAGGAGUUGCUGGACUUGGUGGCAUCUCAUUUCAACCUGAAGGAGAAAGAAUACUUUGGAAUUGCAUUCACAGAUGAAACGGGACACUUGAACUGGCUUCAGCUGGACCGCAGGGUGCUGGAACAUGACUUCCCCAAAAAGUCAGGACCGGUUGUUUUGCACUUUUGUGUCAGGUUCUACAUUGAAAGCAUCUCCUAUCUAAAGGACAAUGCCACCAUCGAGCUGUUUUUCUUGAAUGCCAAGUCCUGCAUCUACAAGGAACUCAUUGAGGUUGACAGUGAAGUGGUCUUUGAACUGGCUGCAUACAUCUUGCAGGAGGCAAAGGGAGAUUUUUCAAGCAAUGAAGUUGUAAGGAAUGAAUUAAAGAAGCUGCCAGCCCUUCCAACACCAGCACUGAAGGAGCAUCCUUCCCUUGCUUACUGCGAGGACCGAGUCAUUGAACACUACAAGAAACUGAAUGGCCAGACAAGAGGUCAAGCAAUUGUGAAUUACAUGAGUAUUGUAGAAUCCCUCCCAACAUAUGGAGUGCAUUAUUACGCAGUAAAGGACAAGCAGGGAAUUCCUUGGUGGUUAGGACUUAGCUAUAAGGGGAUUUUUCAAUAUGACUACCAUGACAAAGUGAAACCAAGAAAGAUCUUCCAAUGGAGGCAGCUGGAGAACCUCUAUUUCCGCGAGAAGAAGUUCUCGGUGGAGGUGCACGAUCCUCGCAGGGCAUCUGUGACCAGGAGGACUUUUGGGCAUAGUGGCAUCGCUGUGCAUACAUGGUACGCCUGUCCAGCACUGAUAAAGUCUAUCUGGGCUAUGGCCAUUAGUCAACAUCAGUUCUACCUGGACAGAAAGCAAAGCAAGUCCAAGAUUCAUGCUGCAAGAAGCCUGAGUGAGAUUGCAAUAGACCUGACCGAAACUGGAACGCUGAAGACCUCAAAGUUGGCCAAUAUGGGGAGUAAAGGGAAAAUUAUCAGCGGCAGCAGCGGGAGUCUUCUGUCAUCAGGUUCCCAAGAGUCAGAUAGUUCUCAAUCUGCCAAGAAAGACAUGCUGGCUGCACUGAAAUCCAGGCAAGAAGCCUUGGAAGAGACGCUGCGCCAACGCUUGGAAGAGCUGAAGAAACUGUGUCUCCGAGAAGCGGAGCUCACAGGAAAGCUGCCACGAGAAUAUCCCCUGGAUCCUGGGGAGGAGCCACCCAUUGUAAGGAGAAGAAUAGGAACUGCCUUUAAACUGGAUGAGCAGAAAAUCCUGCCUAAGGGAGAGGAGGCAGAGCUGGAACGCCUGGAGAGGGAGUUUGCCAUUCAGUCCCAGAUCACGGAGGCUGCCCGGCGCCUGGCAAGUGACCCGAACGUCAGCAAAAAGCUGAAGAAGCAGAGGAAGACGUCCUACCUGAAUGCACUGAAGAAACUGCAGGAGAUCGAAAACGCCAUUAAUGAGUAUCGCAUCAAAUCUGGAAAGAAGCCAACCCAGAGAGCUUCCUUGAUCAUAGAUGAAGGAAACAUUGCCAGUGAAGACAGCUCCCUCUCGGAUGCCCUUGUUCUUGAGGAUGAGGAUUCUCAGGUCACCAGCGCAAUAUCCCCUCUCCAGUCCCCACACAAAGGACUCCCACCCCGGCCACCCUUGCACAACAGGCCUCCGCCUCCACAGUCACUGGAAGGCCUCCGCCAAAUGCAUUACCACCGCAACGACUACGACAAGUCCCCCAUCAAACCCAAGAUGUGGAGCGAGUCAUCCUUGGAUGAACCCUAUGAGAAGGUCAAGAAACGCUCCUCACACAGUCAUUCCAGCAAUCACAAGAGGUUCCCCAGCACCGGGAGCUGUGCCGAGGCAGGAGGGAGCAGCUCCCUGCAGAACAGCCCCAUCCGGAGCCUUCCCCACUGGAACUCCCAGUCCAGCAUGCCCUCGACGCCGGAUCUACGGGUACGCAGUCCACACUACGUCCACUCCACACGGUCAGUAGACAUCAGCCCGACCAGACUGCACAGCUUAGCUCAGCACUUUAGACACCGGAGCUCCAGUUUGGAGUCACAAGGCAAGCUCCUCGGCUCAGAAAAUGAGACAGGGAGCCCCGAUUUCUACACCCCAAGGACUCGUAGCAGUAAUGGCUCUGACCCCAUGGACGACUGCUCAUCCUGCACCAGCCAUUCCAGCUCUGAGCAUUACUACCCUGCUCAGAUGAACCCCAACUACUCCACCCUGGCAGAGGACUCCCCAUCGAAAGCCAGAGAGCGGCAGAGGCAAAGGCACAAAUCAGCAGGCAACCUGGUCUCUUCCAAUUCAGGGAGCAUGCCCAACCUGGCUGCGAGGAAUGGAACGGGGCACCACCGGGUCUACCUGCACAGCCAGAGCCAACCCUCUUCCCAGUACAGGAUCAAAGAGUAUCCCCUGUACAUCGAGGGCAGCUCCACACCUGUGGUGGUGCGCAGCCUGGAGAACGACCAGGAGGGACACUACAGCGUGAAAGCACAAUUCAAAACCUCCAACUCCUACACAGCGGGGGGGAUGUUUAAGGAGAACUGGCACGGGGAUGAAGUGGAUUCUGUUCGGCUCACCCCCUCCCGCUCCCAAAUCAUAAGGACUCCAUCCCUGGGCAGGGAGGGCCACGAGAAGGGCUCGGGUAGGACUGCAGUGUCAGAUGAGCUGCGGCUCUGGUACCAGCGGUCCACGGCCUCCCACAAGGAGCACAGCCGCCUCUCGCACACGAGCUCCACUUCCUCGGACAGCAGCUCCCAGUACAGCACAUCUUCGCAAAGCACCUUUGUGGCGCACAGCAGGGUCACGAGAAUGCCUCAGAUGUGUAAAGCAACAUCAGCUGCCUUACCUCACAGCCAGAGGAGUUCAACACCAUCGAGUGAACUUGCAGCCACGCCACCGGGCAGUCCCCACCACAUUCUUGCGUGGCAGACUGGAGAAGCAACAGACAACUCACCCACUAUGGAUGAGUCUCAGUCUCCAACCCACCAAAGUACUGAUGAAUAGAGGUAUAGUAAGGGGAUGUUUUGUUCUUUCAUCCUUCUGCCCUGUAGUCCGUGAUCCACAAACACAAUGCGAAUAAGCGGCAUCCCGCUGUCCCCGAGGAGCAGCUGUGUAACUGCGUGCCUGUUUGGCAGCAAGCCUUCUUUCAGUCCUUGGAAUAACAACUCGAAAGCAGCUCGGAGCCCCUCUGCGCCUUUUCAGCACGUUUGUGGCCGUCGUGCUUUCCCCAGUGAAAGAGGACUUCUUCCUCCGCGCGAGCGGGCCUGGGGCCAGCCGCUGCUGUGAGCAUUGCUGUGGGGGCUGAACAGGCACAGAGAGCGGUGACACGGUCAUGGCCGGGGACGUCGCCGAGCAGCGUGGGCAGAGCGCCGUGGGGAGACGAGCACGGGUGGGUGGGGGCUUUGGGGAGCUGCACAGAGCUCCAGCAUCGCUCCAGCCGUGCCACCCAGUGCCCCUCGUUCCUCCAGCCCUGCUGCAGAGCUGCACAGGCUGCCGGCAGCGGCGAGGCUUCACGGAGCGAGGAGCAGCCCUGGCCCGGUUCCUGCGGGAAGGCAGAGGGGGAAGGGCGGAGGGAACAGAAAACCCUUAGUACUUUUCUGUUUUAAUUAAACUGCAGUCAGCAGUCUGACACUCUCAUUUGAAUCCACAGCCAUUCACAGCUGGCAUCUGUUGGGUAUUUCAAGCCCAGCUUUCUAGAGAUAACCCAUAAACCUCCGUGCUCCAGCAGAGAGCUGGGAAACAAAAGGCUCUUUAAUGGGCAGCCGGGUCAUGGCCUUGCUCAGGUUCCUCCCAGGCAUAAGUCCCAGGGAAACCAGGUGGAAAAUGGGAGAGAGGAGGCAGGAACCGCUGGGCUGCAUCAGUGGGAGCUCAGUCCUGCGAGGCGGGGAGAGAGGGCAGGGAGAGAAUCCCACAGGAAGCAAAGCGCAUUUCCUGCUUCUCCUCUCCAAACAAUCUGUGAUUUGGAAGUUGCUUCAGAUCAAAGCAUGAGAGAGAGAUCAGUUCUGUAUUAUUAUGCAGAUACAGCAGCCAUUUUUCAAAAUCUCAACAAGAUUUUGACCUCAGUGCUUUCUUCUAGCAAGGAGCUCGGCGGACUAAGCCAGGAGCUGGCCCUGACCCGAGCCCUAAGAUAAAUGGCAAAUUCUCAUCAGGUCCCUCAUCUGCUCUGUGCAAGCAAACAAAAAGCCAGGCAGCAAAAGAAACUGUAGCUUGUCAAGGGAGGCACCCCAAGACCAGGCUAUACAUGGCAAAACACGGUCCCUUCCACAGCAUACCUGACACCCUGUCACGUGUCACCAGGUUUUGCUGUCCCAGCCCCAGACAGGCACAUAACUCUGGGACUGCCGGUGAUGCAGAGCCUCUGCCCAGCACAGAAAUGCCAAGGACAGUCCGUCGGGUGCUACAAGAGGGCAUUCUGGUCUGAGAGGCCGCCGGAGCUCAGCCUUCUGUCUCCGGGUUGCUGCAGGGAGUGGGACUAUUCAUGAUAUGACGUUGCGUGCCCUUGGGUGAACUCUCCAGCAGUUCUCAUUGUCCUAACAAAGGUUUCCUUUCUCCUGCAGGACUUACAACGAUAGCUGUUUCCUGGAUUCUCCCCUCUAUCCAGAAUUAGCAGACGUCCAGUGGUAUGGACAGGAAAAAGCCAAGCCUGGGACUCUAGUGUGAACCCCUGACCUCAAGUGAAUCACAUCAAUGCCAUUCUGAGAUCACCUCACUGCCUCUCAUUUGCCUUACCCAGAUGCACUGUCACCCAGCACCAGCUUCAACUCUAAGCACUUUUUCUCGCGAUGCAAUUCAAGUUGACAUUACAGAGCAUCGGCCCUGAGACGUCCACCACGACGGCGCAGGAUCACGGCGCAUCCCGCUGCCACACCAGCGCACGUCGCUCCGGAGCCCGCGAACAGCCAUCUCAUAGCUGGCAAUUUAAAAAAAAUGAUUUAUUUCCUUUUAAAUGACCGGAGCCUGUCAAGGCUUACAUCAGAUCUUGCUGUUCUGUGGCAUGUAACGGCAGUCAGACUUCCAUGACCUGCGAUCUGAUCCAACAGAGUAUUAAUUUAAGGGGAGGAGGGAGGUGGUCAACACAAAUUGGGACAGAGGCUGAGAAUUACUCCUGAAAUUGCUUCUUUUAUGAAAAGGUACAAAAAAAGUAAAAUCCUCUCACUUCAAAUACGUGUAAGAGUCUCACAGUCAGAGCAGCACUGCCAGAGUCACCCAACCAGCGUCAACGGGGUGAGUUCGUUCAGCGAGUUCUCGCUACAAGAACAUCUCUCAUUUAACUCGACGACAGACACAGCCACCUCCUGCAAAACAGCAUCUCCUUCUUUGCUUUGGGCCCAUCCAAACAGAACCCCAUGUACUGAAGACACUCUGGAGGUCUGGGCUGGUAUCACAGCAUCUACAAGCUACUAUCAAACUGGACAAACGAGGUGUACAAAGGCAUUUCCUACAGCAGAGGCAAGAACUGCUCCUCACAGCAUCUCUGGGGCUGGCAAAGCUGCGUGCCAACACACAGAGCUUCGCGUCGUGUUGUUGGUUUUCUAAUACUCUGAGGAAGAUAAAAGCUGUCAGAAAACCUUUCUACAAGCAGAUACAGCCAAUAAAUUGUAACCUAUCUCUGCACAAAGCGUCAGCGUCAAAUCAAAGGGAAAGCACAUCACAAUCUAAUUGACACGGUGAAGCUGCAUUAACAUAUCUGUUCCAAUUAUCUCACCUUCGUUAGCACCAGUGUAGCAAAGGGCUCGUCACCAGCACACCGCUGGCUGGGAGAACCGGUCUGUCAGGAAGCAUGGGAGCAGCAUGGGUUUAGCAAGCAGCAGACGAAGCAAAAUUCCACACGGAAAGCAACCACAAGAAAGAGAAGUCCCUCAAUGAGGCGUUGAGCGCCAGCAGGAGCUGCCUACUGACACCACAAGGAAUUGGACGAGAGAGUCAUGGAAGAAGCUGCAAGUUUACACUUACCUUUGAGCAAUGCUUUAUACAUGUCAAGCCAUGGAACUUUCAAAGGCCUCAAAGACACUUUUGUAAUGAACGAGUGCACAAUCUCGGUGGAUGCUGAAGCUGGCACGUCUAGUCUUCAUUGCGGUGCUAUGCUGUUUUUAUUGCCACUAGAUGGGGGAGGCACCCGGCCUUUCCCCAUUUGCGCGUGCAAGCGAUGAUUUCCUAUGGGAAAGGCAUUACAGGAACGGCUGGAGGGGGUUACUUUGUGAAAAGCAGAAACUGAAGUUAGCUUUAGUUUAAAACAAAACAACAGUGCGAGUGUGUGUGCGUGUGCGUGUUCCAAGAAUAACAGUAGCGUCUACCAGACAAAGCAGGGCGAAACGUUCAGAAUGAGACGCCGCCACGUGGGGGCUGCCACACCUUCCGGCACCAGGAUUGCUGGAAAACUGCAUUCCAGGCUUUAGAAGAGAACGGGUUCUUCGUAAUUAGACUCGGAAAGAUGAUGGGGUUUCUAAAAAUGAACGCGAGCCGCUCGUGCUGACUCCUUUCCCCAGCGCGCCUUAGGGAUGCUUGCUUCAGCCCCGGGUGCCGUAGGGCUGCCCUGACACAGCGUCCUUCCCACUGCUCUCUGCGCACUGGGGCUGUCAGCACGGGAGCUGGCUCAAGCUCCCAGCUGCGUUCGUAGCUGGAUGGGAGAUGGCACCGAUUACCGACGUGCGCUGAUAAGAUCCCGCAGCUAAAGUGAGAGGAUGAAAUAAGGACCAAAUUAAGCAGCAGCAAAUUAGCCCGCAGGUUUUUUAGGGGCUCUGAGCAACUGUCUGUUUUCUUUUUUUAAUUUCCACUGGUAAGUGGCUUUGGGUUGGUUUUUUUUUUUUUUUUUAAUCAUCAUUAUUAUUAUUUUCUGUGUACCUUCUUUUAAUUAAAAAGAAUUCAACAACAGCGGCACUACGGGGCCUCUGGGCACUGCAGGAUGGAACAGAAAUUCCUCCAAGACGAGAUCUGCAGUUUUGCAGCAAAGGUUAAAGGUGGCAGCCCUGAAACGAGGGGAAGAAAAACCAAGUUAGCCUGAAUUGCAAACAGGCUCGAGUAGGGAAAGAGCUUUGGAGAACUGGAUUGGGUUUUGCUUUGUGUUCUGCUUUUCUGUUCUGCAAUCAAGGCACACGUGAGCAGCCAGUCUGGUAGUAAAGACAGAUUAAGUAAAACAGGUUUUACUGUUUAGCUCAAUUCAAUUAAACACAAGUGUACAUAAAAUGUUAAUCAUAUGCGAUUAACAUAUUUAAGUAUAACGCGGAGGGGAAUAUACAUAGCUAUUAUAUACGAGCACUUGACUACCAACUGAACCCCUCCUUGACUUUUUUAUUUUUCAAGGCUCCAUCUGACACCAAGCCACCAUUGCGUUCUUAGUCUCCACGUCAAGGUCCCUCUGGUUGGGCAGCACCUGGGCACGGCCCUCACCGGGCUCUGCUGCAGGCAGGGUUUAAUUUUAAACGCUAUUAGAUGCAGUCGAGUGUUGAAAAUGUUGAAACAGUCCCAUUUGUUUUCACUCUGUCUUAGUUUUAGUUUCAGGCGUAGCCGAUCCCCAUUCAGGUGCUAUCAGAUGACCAGUUACUGCUUAGUUAACUAGAUGUAAAGUUUUACAUAUAUAUUAAUGUCAAUAGUUUUAUUACGAGUUGUGUAAAAUGGACUCUCUAGUUUAAGAAAAAGAAAAAAGAAGGAAAAAAAAAAAAAUUAGGUCUCUCCUGAAAUUGACUUUAGAGCAUGUAAAAUGAUUUUACUGGAUUCUGUUAAACUGUAAUCAAGGAAAAGAUAUGUAUGUUGUAGAAAAAGUCGCAGAAUUAAAAAAAAAAAAAAAAAGAUCUGCUUUUAAUUUAUUCUUUUUGUAUUAAGAAUUUGUAUAGUUACCUUUACAUUUUGCAGAACGGUGUUGUCAACACUUCCUUAUUAAAGCAUUUUCAAAAUGAAA